AUGGGACGCAAGCCCACGCCGCAGCCGCUGAUACUGGCAGAUGCCAGCGCUCUGGAUGCCGACCCGCCGCAGCCCUCUGCCGAAGCAGCAUCGCAAGCCGCCGCGUCGCCCGUCGACUCGAAAUCGCCCCGAUCGCAGCGCAUCUCCCCCUUCCCCAUCAGCAAGUUUGCCGUUCACAGAAACCGGCCGCCGAGGACGGGCAGGUCGCCAGCUCUGCAGCCACAGCCGCCACGCCCUGCUACCAGCACCGGACCGCCAGACGAGGCCAGCCGCAGCUACCAACAGCAGCAAUUGCUGCAGCUGUGUCGCGCCCAAAACGCCCGCGAUGAUUCAGACCUGCUGCAACCCUCGCCAUCGACUGCUUCCACUCCAGAUCCUCCCUCCGCCGGGCUGCCGCCCCAAGAACUGCGCCAAGCCAUGACGGGUGGCGCCAAACACUCCAAGCCCAGCUUCUUUCAGUUUAACAAAGCCCCCAAAACUCCCACACACAGAGUCGCAGAGCCUGCCGUUGCCGAAAGCAACAGAGGGGGGCGAAAGGCUCGGUCACAAAGGCUGAGUGCGAGCGUGCGUGCCAACAAUGGCAACCCGAUCAACGUCGAAAACAACCACCAGAAAUCCAUCUCUUCCUACCCGUCACGCUCUGAUCUUUCAGCUUCAUCUUCUGGAGACGCCGAGGCACCCUUACCUCUGCCCUCUGCUAGGAAAAACAAAUCAAAGUCGUUUGCGCUCCUUGGCCGCAGCAGAUCUGUUCGCGACAAAGAAAACGGCCGCUAUAAACCUCCCCCCGCGCAGGUACCACUGCCAGCCGCGUCAAGCAACCCCCCACCACCUGAAAAUACCAACACUUCUACUUUAACCAAUUCUACAACUACUGCCGUUUCUCAAGCUGCGACUGUAUCGCAAGACCGGGCGCCUAAGGAAGACGGGAUGAAUUCUCAUGGUCGGGGUCGGCCUGAGGACCGAAUGGCCGGUGCCGCCUCUUCUACUGUCGCCAAAGAUGCUCCACGAGAGAAGGAACAAAGAGCUCAUUCAUCGUCAAUACGGGAAACUAGCGCAUCAACGUUUCUCAGCGGAUUGAGAUACUCGUCAACCAGAGCUGCUGACAUCAUUAGCAAAGGCCUGUUUGGAAAGAGUUCGCGAAGUGGCAGCACGACAGAAAAAGAGCCAGUGAUAGACGAUGAACAUUACGUGUUGAAAGUGAUAAACCUACCCUUGGUCGAGCAGACGCGAAUGACUCGGAUUUCGAAGCGUUUGGAGGACUCGCGCGACAAGACAGAGUUUUGGAUGCCAGCAUUUCCGUGGAGGGCUAUCGAUUAUCUGAACUAUAAGGGGACCGAAGUUGAAGGCCUUUAUCGUGUGCCUGGAAGCGGGCCUCAGAUAAAAAAGUGGCAAAGAAAGUUUGAUGAGCAGUACGAUGUCAAUCUCUUUGAGCAAGACGACCUCUAUGAUAUCAACAUUGUAGGCUCCAUGCUCAAAGCUUGGCUUCGAGAGCUACCCGAUGAGCUCUUCCCUAAAGCGUCCCAGGAGAAGAUUGCUCGUGAGUGUCAGGGCGCCGAAAAAGUCCCCCAGCUGCUCAUCGACGAGCUCUCGAAUCUUUCCCCAUUCAACUACUACCUGCUUUUUGCCAUUACAUGCCAUCUCAGCCUGCUUCUCGCUCACUCUGACAAGAAUAAAAUGGACUUUCGAAACUUGUGCAUCUGCUUCCAGCCGUGCAUGAAAAUCGAUGCCUUUUGCUUCAAAUUCCUGGUUUGCGAUUGGAGAGACUGCUGGAAGGGCUGCACCAACGAGGCUAAGUUUAUUGAAGAGGAGUACCGAAUCUUCCAUCAACCUCCGCCGCCUGGCCUUGCCGAAAUGCAAAUUCCUUACCAAAGCGAUGCUGGGCAUGCAGAAAAACCAGCCUCGUCGCAUAGCACCAAGCCAUCGACCCGAGAGACAGGGGAACCGACAGAGGACAUUGGUAAGCACCAACAUCAGUCGUCAAAGUCCAACCACUCUCUUUCGUCUCGCCGAUCAUCCAUCUCGACGGCCCUGAGCGACCACAGCGAGGAGGAAGAGGAUACUGUUAGCGAUAUGUUUGGCUUUACGCAUUCACAGGUCACUACUGGAGCUGGAUCCGGAGAACUGCGGCCCCUAUCUCCGAUCCAACCUCUAUCACCCCUUGGUUUCUAA